UGAUUAUGGACUGUUCCAUAGUGUUCCAGUAAAGACAAUCUUUCAAGCAGGGCAUAGUCCUAGCUGAUUACUGUGGAAGCUGACUCUAUUAUCACAUGAAAUAAGUGUCAGUGGCUCGGGGCAACAAACUUGGCGUUGGCUUUUCUUCGAGCAGGGUCAUUGGAGUUGUUUCAGGCGGGACGUUCAGUUCCACGUCAACAGGUUUCACAACAAACACGUCACGUCAGUUUCAUCAGAUCAGAUGCCUGCUCCUUCUCUUCUUGACGACAACAACGUGACUGAAGUAAGGCCUUUCAUCCCAGAAUAGUCAAAUAUGAAAAUAUGUAUUCAUCGUGAUGGUUUGUAGUUUUCUUUGUACCCACAUUAUGGAUCUUGUGAAGCACAAAGGCGGCUGCCACUGUGGGGCUGUUAGAUUUGAAGUCUUGAGUUCCCCAGACCUCCAUGUUUUCCAAUGCAACUGCAGCAUUUGCACAAAGAAACAAAACCAUCAUUUCAUUGUUCCAAAAAAUCACUUCACACUCUUACAGGGGUCCAAUAAUCUGACCACAUACACAUUUAACACUCACGUUGCCAAACACACCUUCUGUAAAACCUGUGGAGUUCAAAGUUUCUACACUCCACGCUCCAACCCUGAUGGAUACGGCGUUGCUCCUCACUGUCUGGAUCCAGGUACCGUCCGCAGUGUCACAGUGGAGGCGUUUUGUGGGGAGAAGUGGGAAGAAAGCAUGCAGGUUCACAAGAGCAUCAGAGACAUGUCCAAACACACAGCUGAGAGCGAAGCAAAGUAACACC